UUGCAUCUUCUGGCAGCGAGCUCGACAACAUCGGCUCUGAAUGCGGCCCGAAAUCUUCUUGGUAAGUUAAAAAAAAGUGCAUGUGUGAAGUCAGACGACGGUAUUACACCUCUGCAUGUUGCGUGCGCUUAUGACUGUUUGGCAAUGGUACAGCUGUUAAUGCAUUAUGGCGCUAAUCCACUUGCCAAAGACAACAGUGGACGCACACCUUAUAGUUUGGCAACAGGAAACACUCAGAGGUAUGAGACCAUUUCGUGA